CGCUGGUUCUGUGGGUGUGCACGAAGGAGCUGCUGUCCACUACUGCCGCCGCCGCUGAAAUGCCACCGCUGGACCACAAAUCGCCACUGCAUUGCCACCGCUGACCGCUGAAUCACCGCCGCCGCCCACCCCUGACCGUUGAAUCGCCACUUCCCCCGCUGCAUUGUUCUUGCCCAAAAACAGGUGAGUUUGUAUUUCUUUUUGAGUUCUGGAAUGUACGUUCCGGGAACUUUCCGGAUUGAUUAGUACGGAAGGACGAGUCGGGAACACUUUAGAAGCUACGAUGUGCAGUUAGUAAUUAUGGAGGUGUAGAAAGCAAAAGCGUCUCGCAAUGAUCAAGCUCAAAAGUUCAGUUUUAGUUCCUUUGCAUCGUCUUCUUCAUCCAUUGCAAUUCCUUGCGGUAACUAGCGAAUUCUCAUUAGGUACUUUGUACCUGACAGAGGUACUUUUUCUCUCUUUCUCCAAUGCUUCUUUGCAAUCCGUUGUUAUUAAUUACCACCUACAUUAAUAGUUCAUUGAUAUGUGUGGGCUUGUUGAUUUAAUUCAUCUGCGUUUCAUAGUUAGUUAAUAUGCUUAAUUUGAUGUGUCAUGAUUAGGAUUUGAAAGCAUUCGUUUCCUUAGGUUUUCUUUAUUUUCGUGAUGGUAAUGAGUCAUAGAGUAUAAUAUAGCAAAAUCGGAAGCAUUUUGAGUGCGGUGGAGUGUAGAGAUAUGUCUAAAUAUUGUCAUUUGUUCUCAUGUGAGGAACGAGUUAUAAUGUAUUUAGCCGCGUGUGUUUUUUGAAUAGAAUAGUAAGUUAUUGAGGGAAGUUAAAAGUUCAUGGUAAAGUAUCAUAAAAUAAGACUGCAAAAUUACCUAGACAAGAGUAUACGCAAAUUUAAUGUAUAUGGACAGAAGUGCAAGGCCCAAAAAGGCUGGGAAAAAGCACGUGCGAUGUUCACUGCUUGAGUGAUGGAAAUUGCUUAUUUGAAUCUUUUUUGCUCUGGCUUGUCCUUUUGAUUCAUAAUUAACUUGUAUUGGGUUUGUGUUACGAGUUCAAGUGAGUUGGAGUCCUAUGUUAGUUAGAAAGUAAGAUGGACAAUAUAUAAGUAGAAAGGCCGGUAACCUUAUCAUUUAAAGGUUUUGGAUUGAAGACUGUCUCCUAAACUCUUAUAUGUGUUUGUUCAUGACUCAUUGGUGUCAAACCUCCUUACUAUCCUCUCUCGAAAAACUUAAUAGUUGGGGAUGUUCUACAUUAAUUUGUUUGAAUGGUAAAGAAAUUUCAAUUUGUGCUUUAUUGAAUUGUAUAUGGCACUAACUACUAUGAUCUGAUUCUGGGGGUUUUUAUGUUAUUACUUGUGAUUAGUUUGCUUACAAAUGAAGAAAUGACUGAGAAGCCUCUCAGCAUUCAACUAAUUUGAGUUAAGGAUAUUCUUGGACGAAUGAGGAUGAACUCCAUAUAGAAGCUUUUUAUCAGAAUUGGAUAGACGGCCAGAGUGUUUGGGUACGGGGAUGGUGAUACCAUAUUUUUAGGGUUCUAAAUCGUCGUCGUCAUCUUCCUUUUAGUGAUCUGCACAUUAAACUUCUGAAGUUUAAUGUUUGGCGUCAAAUGAAGGUGAAAGGUUCAAAGGUGAUACAUAUAAGGCUGAACUCUAACAUCAAAAUUCAUCGCCUGAGCUGAGAUUUUUAAUAUUCUUUUAUGGGCCAUAAUUUACCUCAUGCUGAACUGCCUUCCAAGGUUUAGAUGUAUUUCUUUCUUACAUUCUUUUCCUAAAGUGUCCAAAAAUAUAAAGCAAAUUCAUGCCCAGUUAGUUACUAAUGGACUGAAAUCACCUGCCUUCUUGGCUAAAUUAAUUGAGCAUUAUUGUGGCUCACCAGACUCACACAUAGCUAAUAAUGCACAUUUGGUUUUCCAGCACUUUGACAAGCCAGACCUGUUUCUCUUUAAUACUUUGAUAAGAUGUGUUAAACCCAAUGAUUCUAUUAUACUUUUCCGAGACGAGUUUUCUCGAGGACUCGUGUUUUUUGAUGAUUACACUUACAAUUUUGUUCUUGGAGCCUGUGCUCGCUCUCCGUCAGCUUCAACGUUGUGGGUAGGUAGACAACUACAUUCCUUGAUAGUAAAACAUGGGGUUGGGUCAAAUAUUUUGGUUUCGACUACCAAAAUAUACUUUUAUUCUAGCAACAAAGAUAUUAUCUCAGCCCGACAAGUGUUUGAUGAAAUGUCAAUGAGAACCAGUGUUACGUGGAAUGCUAUGAUAACAGGUUAUUCUUCCCUUAAAGAAGGGAACAGGCAAUAUGCUUUCAAUGCAUUGUCAUUGUUUAAGGACAUGUUGGUUGAUGUAUGUGGAAUUAAACCAACAGAUACAACAGUAGUUGCUGUCCUUUCAGCAGUUUCUCAGAUGGGUUUGCUGGAAACUGGUGCUUCUGUACAUGCUUUUGCUGAAAAGACGUUGUGUACUGAAGAUGAUGUGUUUAUCGGGACUGGUCUGGUUGAUAUGUACUCAAAAUGUGGAUGCAUUGAUAGUGCCUUGUCUGUCUUCUGGCGCAUGAACCAGAAGAAUAUCUUGACUUGGACGGCAAUGACUACUGGUCUAGCUAUCCAUGGGAAAGGAAAACAAGCCUUGGAGGUUUUAUACAAGAUGGGAGAUUACGGUGUGAAGCCGAAUGAAGCAACUUUUACUAGCUUUUUGUCUGCUUGUUGUCAUGGUGGACUUAUCGAAGAAGGCCUUCAAUUAUUCCAUGAAAUGAAGAGAACAUUUAGUGUGACACCUCAGGUAAAACAUUACGGUUGCAUUGUUGACCUUCUUGGCCGUGCUGGAAAGUUAAAAGAAGCGUAUGAAUUUAUCAUGCGGAUGCCAAUUAAUCCUGAUGAUGUAAUAUGGAGGAUUCUGCUAAGUGCAUGCAAGCUUCAUGAGGAUGUUGUGAUGGGAGAGAAGGUGGGAAAAUUUCUCCUCCAGUUAGAAGAAUGGAGUCGUCCAGAGUCGGCUUUAAAGAGCGAAGACUAUGUAUCUCUGUCAAAUGUUUAUGCUUUAGCAGAAAGGUGGGUCGAUGUUGAAGCUGUAAGGAAACAAAUGAGAGCUAAGAGUAUCUCGAAUAACGCUGGUUGUAGCGCUGUUCAAAUUGUCAGUCUGUAGAACAAAGACCACAGAAGGAGAAUUUUGAGGCUGAGCAUUUGAGUAAACCAACAGAGAUUAACUGUUGAGCGGGAUAAUAGUACAUUUCCUUCCCGUAAGUCUUCUCUUUUUGUGCAAGUAUUUUCGAAGAUGCCCUUGCAAAAUGGAGGUGGCUGAUCCUGUCCAAUUACUCAGUGCCAAAACAGUGCUGUUUGUGUAAAACAGAUUUUACAACAGGCUUCAAAGGCUGCAUUGUAGCUGAUUGUGGAGCUCUUUCCCUGGGGCAGAAACAGGAUCAAAGAGGUUGAGCGUGGUGCAGUUUCGGUCCUCAUUGAGCUACUUCUUUGUGCCUCGGAAAGAAGAACUUGUGAACUCAUUUUAAUAGCUUCGGAUCAACUUUGUGGGUGUGCAGAAGGGCGUGCAGAUUUGUUGAACCAUGGUGCAGAAGUGGUCAUUGUGUCAAAGAAAAUUCUAAGGGUCUCUCUCGUGGCAAGUGAUAGAGGGUUUAGAAUUUUGGCCUCCAUUUGUAGAUAUUCCGCCAAUGCUAGAGUGCUCCAUGAAAUGUUGCAGGUUGGGGCUGUGUCAAAGUUGUGUUUGGUUCUUCAAGAGAAUUGCAGUUUCAAGACCAAAGAGAGGGCCAAGGAAAUACUCAGAUUGCACUCCUCAGUUUGGAAGAAUUCUCCAUGUAUUCCUGUACCUUUGUUAUCUUCUUUUCCUUGAUCUAAUUUCAUCAUAGUUUCUAAGCUUUUCAUUUUUUGUGUGUAGAUGCAUCUGAUGAUAGUGUCUGGUCCAGAGGUUUUGGAGUUAUACAAAUGAAUCACUUAGUUAUAUGAGAAAAAAAAAAAUCCUUAGAUAAAUUUUGUUAAACAUUGUACUGAUGUAAACAGUAGUAUUAGUUAACUAUAACUUUUUUUUUAACAUGGGUAUUCUUUGA